UUUGCUUCCAGAACAGCAUUUCUAUGAAUGAAUAAGCAAACAAACAAAUAUAAUACAAUUAAAAGAUAUGGCAUUAAGGCAACGACAUGGCUUCAACUAAGUCACACAAAGGCAUGAGCAAUGCUGACUGGAUUGCGCGUCUGGAGAGUUUUGCCUGAACAGGAGUUUGGCCAUCAAGGGAGGGGCAUAGAGUUGGCAUGAGUUGUAUCAGAAGAUAGAAAAAUGUCCUCUGCAAAUGAGGGGCCAGACCACCCUUCUGAAGGAAGUUCAGAACUGUAUUUGUGGAUUUCAAAAGGUUAAUCCACCAGUCACAGUGGAUGCAUCACAGCGCACCCCUGCCCAAAGCACACCCUCCAUCAGUGAUGUCUCACAUCCUGCAAAGAAAGCCAAACUCACGUUGUCAAUGAUCACCAAGAAGUUGAGUGGGCCUGCGAAAGGCACAGCACAGUGGCUUACCUCAGUAGGCAAUGAGGUAGGUAAGGUGCUGAUGAGUGUCCUGACUGCGAAUGAAGUGGCUGGGUGUUGAUCCUCCCACUAUUCUGAAUGUGGACUGUGACUGUUGCAAGGAAGUGGGAGAGACUAAACUGAAGAGGCGGCCCUGCGGCUGGCCCGACGUCAUUGUCCGCCUAGACAUUUGCCAUUUUAUGCGUCGUCUGGCAGGAGGGUGCACCACUGAUGCCCACUAGUUGUACCCUACUUUUAUGUCUAGGUUGUCAUCCUGUAUUUUUGAGUGGGACGCAGGGGAUCUCACUCUGCUGAGAAGGGCCAAGAGGGAGCAACUCGCCCAACAGGGCUGGCCUGCAAUGACGGCGGCAGAGCUUGACCGUCAUAUAAGCAAAGAUGAGCUGGCCCAACACUGCAGGAGGAGAACACAAGUAGAGGAAACCACUAUCCGCCUCCUUGAUAUGCUCAUCAGAGAGCUCAUGGGUGGCAAGGGGAAUUACGCCCUUGGUGUUCCUCUCCUUGACAGUGUGAGGAUGGAACACAUCUGGCGUGUCCAGAGACGGCACGUCACCUGUAUCCAGGACCCUCCAGAUGUGCCACUCUACACAGAAACAGGAACCAUAAACAAGGGUGGGAUGGUUCUAAAAACGUACCGGUGUGCCAGAGGCUCCACAUCCCUGGAAUCAUUUCACUGCCACCUAAACAGAUUUAUUCCAGGGAACAGCGCAAACAGCCUGAACUUACAGAUUUACCUCCUGGAAGGUUUGUUACGCUGGAAUCAGGACAGGGCUGCAGCUGCUGUUGCCGGUGGAAGUUCAACCAUGCGUAUUUACACAGGGGAUCUGGUUUACUCUGUCAAUGAGAACUACAAUAAGUUGUAUGGAAGGAAAUUAAUCCCUAGCUUCACUCCACCUGCAGUAUACACAGGCUUCACCAGUGCCCAGUGUCCAGACUCCUUCCACUGCACCACUGCCCAGUGUCCAGACUCCUUCCGCUGCCCCACUACCCUGUUUUCAGGCUCCACCAGUGCCCAGUGUCCAGAGUCCUUCCGCUGCACCACUGCCCUGCUUCCAGGCCCCACCAGUGCCCAGUGUCUAGAGUCCUUCCACUGCACCACUGCCCUGUUUCCAGGCUCCACCACUGCCCAGUGUCCAGACUCCUUCCACUGCACCACUGCCCUGCUUCCAGACUCCAUCAGCUGCACCACUGCCCUGCUUCCAGACUCAUUCAGCUGCUCCAGUGCCCUCAGCAGUGCCUGUUGAAGAGCACUGCAUUCCUGGAAUGGACCGGGUGGAUGAGUUGGUGGAGUGUCUGGUGGAGCUGCGCACACAGGCAAGCCUCACACUUACCAACCAAUAAAGUUGCGACAAUUGUGGGUUUGUGGCAGAACCUGGACCAGUUUG